GCGCCUAAACACUCCACUAGUGAGUGACCUUGUCGCAACAGUUCCGGAUUCUCGCUGCCGGCGACGGUGUCGUCUUUGUUCUUCCGGCGAAAGAAAAAGAGAGUCACCGAAGAUUUCAACCUUGCAGCUCCAAUUCUGAAAGAUUCCGACCGAUUCAACCAGAAGAUUUCGCAGGAAACGUUUGAUAAACAACAAAGCUUAAAAUUCUACAGAACAUACUCCAAGGCAUUUCAGAUUCGUAUGGGAAUAGCAUGAAACAUUUCUGCUAAAGGGAAGUACUUAAGCUUGGUUUUGUUUGCUUCAGUUGACCUUGGAAUAACCAGAGUAGACCAUAAAAUGUUUAUACGUUAUUUUAAUUUACAUGAUGGAUUAGAUUAUGCAAUAAUUAUGGUCGUUGUCAUGGUUUUGUCUUUGAUUAAUAUUAUUAUGAAGUCUUCUAUGUGAUGCUUAUUGGGAAUUUAUCAUCGUUGGCUGGCUAUAAUUCCGUAGAAUAAAAUGUUUGUAAAUGUGGAGGAGAUGGAAUGUUGAAAACUUAGUUUGACUUCUUCUCCUGAAGUUAUGAGUUGACAUUGUUUUGCAGUUUCAGAGAUUGAUUCUUACAGCAGAGAAAAAAUUAUAUGCAUAGGAUUCAGACUCUCUCUUUCAGUGUAAUGACUUGCAGACUACAUCUGGUUUUGAUCUUCUCCUGUGUUCAUCUGAUUUCCCUGUCAGGUCAACAAGAAACCGGGUUUGUCUACAAUGGCUUUGAUCGAGCAGAUCUUUUUAUCGAUGGGCUCGCCAAGAUCCUUCCUGGUGGGUUUUUGCAGUUGACAAAUACCACAGAGCGCCAAACGGGUCAUGCUUUCUUCAAGCAACCAUUUGAAUUUGAUCAAUCUUCAUCACUCUCGUUCUACACUCAUUUUGUGUGUGCGCUGGUGCCUCCUGAGUUGGGAGCUGAUGGUGGCCAUGGGAUUGCCUUUGUUGUAUCUCCUUCCAUGAAUCUCUCUCAUGGAUCUGCAACUCAGUACUUGGGCGUCUUCAGCAUCUCAAGAAAUGGGACUUCUUCUUCUCAUCUGCUAGCUAUCGAGCUCGAUACUGUUACUUCGAUAGAGUUUGAUGAGCUUGAAAAGCCUCAUGUUGGGAUUAAUGUGAACAACCCAAAAUCUGUUGAAUCUGCUCUCCCAUCUUACUUCUCCAAUGCCUUGACGAAUAAUAUAAGCAUAAAUCUCCUGAGUGGGGAGCCUAUCCAAGUUUGGGUGGACUAUGAUGGAUCGUUGCUAAAUGUUUCACUAGCCCCUAUAAAAAUACAGAAACCAGAUCGGCCUCUUAUAUCAAGAUCCAUCAAUCUUUCAGAAUUUUUUCAAGAUAAAAUGUUUCUUGGGUUUUCUGCAUCAACUGGGCAAUUGACCAGUAACCAGUAUAUUCUUCGGUGGAGUUUUAGUAGGAGCAAAGAAUUAUUACAGACCCUGGACCUCUCUAAUCUCCCUCAGGCUCCUCUUCCUAAAGACGAACCAGAGAAGGCUCCUCCGAGAGAUGAACCGGAGAAACUAUCUCCACUGCUUAUUGGUUUGGUCGUCUUGGUCCUUGCAAUGAUGGUUCUCGGAGGACUUUAUUGGUACAGGAGAAACAAGUACGCAGAAGUAAGAGACUCCUGGGAAAAGGAAUACGGCCCGCACCGAUUCUCCUACAAGUCUCUGUACAAAGCAACAAAUGGCUUUCGUAGAGAUGGUCUUGUUGGGAAAGGUGGGUUUGGAGAAGUUUACAAAGGAACUCUCCCUCGAAGCAGACUUAUAGCUGUGAAAAGACUGUCCCACAAUGCAGAGCAAGGAAUGAAACAAUUUGUGGCUGAAGUUGUGACUAUGGGAAGUUUACAGCAUCGGAACUUGGUUCCUCUUCUUGGUUAUUGCAGGAGAAAAGGUGAGUUACUUUUGGUCUCUGAGUACAUGCCUAAUGGUAGUCUUGACCAGUACUUGUUUAAUAACCAAAAUCCAUCUCCUUCAUGGUUGCAAAGAAUCUCUAUUCUUAAGGACAUUGCCUCGGCUCUGAGUUACCUGCUUACAGGAGCCACGCAAGUUGUUUUGCACCGGGAUAUAAAAGCUUCUAACGUCAUGUUAGAUUCUGAGUUCAAUGGGAGGUUAGGUGAUUUUGGUAUGGCAAAGUUUCACGACCAUGGAGCCAACUUAUCUGCAACAGCAGCUGUGGGAACCAUAGGUUACAUGGCACCUGAGCUAAUAACAAUGGGAACUUCUACAAAAACUGAUGUUUAUGCCUUUGGGCGACCUGUGGAGCCCGUGUUGCCUGUGGAAAAGCAAUACCUGGUCAAAUGGGUUUGUGAACAGGAUUCUUUACUUGAGACCAGAGAUCCAAAACUGGGAAGAGACUUCAUAUCCGAGGAAGUCGAGUUAGUUCUUAAACUCGGGUUGCUCUGCACAAAAGCUGUGCCACAAUCAAGGCCAACCAUGGCACAAGUCGUGCAAUACCUAAGCCUGGACCUACCCUUGCCGGAUAUCUCUCCGUAUACUCCAGGUAUUGGAGCUUUUAUGCCAGUGUCAAUGGUAGCAGAAUCUACCAUUGGUGUCCACAAUUCAAGAAAUUCAUCAAUACCUAUGUAUGUUACUCACACGAUCUUAGAAGGGCAUGGAAGAUGAGAGAUCUUAAGAAAC